GAUUUAUUAAACACAAUUUCGUAUUCCAUUUAUAUCAAUUAUUUUUAUACAUUUUAAAUUUAAGUUAUUUAGUUACUCUAAAAUUGAUGAUUUAUGUAUCAUUAAACAAAUACAAUUCUCUUUGACAAAUUGAAAAAAAAAAUAUAUCAAGCGUGCAAGUCGAUAUUAUUAUCAUCGCAUUCAAUCUCAACUACAAAAAUAGAAAAUUUCACUGAAUCUUCAUCUCAAACAAAAAGAAAAAAAAGGAAGAAAAGAACACAAAGUAGCAGUAAUAAUAAUAAUACUAUAUCCUUCGAUAUUGGACCAUAAAUCGUUGACUAGAAGAAAAGAAGAAAGAAGAAAAAAAAAAGGAGGAGCAAUCCCCAGGAAAGCUUCACCCCAAUAAUCUCUCCCGACGAGCAAUUUGUCGCGAGACAUCGAUGUGAUCUCGGAUAUACCGGCGAACGAGAUCCUCGAGCUGUUCGGCCGGAUGUUCUUCGAGUUCUGCCAGGACUCGGGCUACGACAAGAUUCUUCAGGUGCUCGGGGCUACGCCCAGGGACUUUUUACAGAACUUGGACGCCCUUCACGAUCAUUUGGGCACCUUGUAUCCGGGAAUGAGGGCGCCCUCUUUCCGAUGCACCGAGAGGCCCGAGGAUGGCGCGCUCAUAUUACAUUAUUACUCCGAUCGACCUGGAUUGGAACAUAUCGUGAUCGGCAUAGUUAAGACCGUGGCGAAAAAGCUUCACGGCACGGAUAUAGAGAUGCGAAUAUUGAAGACAAAAAACGAAUGUGAUCACGUGCAAUUUUUGAUCACGAACACGUCCGGCCCUGGGGUCGUUUCAAACCCCAUGAUUGCAGAACUCGAGACUUUAUCUGUCGAGCCAAAAGUGAGUCCAAUGACGUUCUGCCGAGUUUUUCCAUUCCAUCUGAUGUUCAACCGGGACCUCAUCAUCGUUCAAACUGGAUGCACUAUAACACGAGUUAUACCUCAAGUAUGCUCCGGUAAUUGCAAGUUGAACGACAUCCUUCUUACCGUCAGGCCACAUUUAGAAUUGACAUUCGAGAACAUUCUGUCACACAUAAAUACGGUUUAUGUGUUGCGAACGAAGAAGGGCGUGAUGCGAGUCGACGCUUCGGAAGAAUAUUCGUAUCUACGUUUAAAAGGGCAAAUGUUGUACAUACCUGAGUCAGAUCUCGUCACCUUCCUUUGUUAUCCUAGCGUGAUGAACUUGGACGACCUAACCAGGCGAAGCUUGUACCUGAGCGACAUCCCCCUUCACGACGCCACCCGAGAUCUCGUACUGAUGUCGGAGCAAUUCGAGGCUGAUUACAAAUUAACGAGAAACUUGGAAUUGCUUACCGAUAAAUUGCAACAGACGUAUCGCGAGCUCGACGGCGAGAAGCAGAAAACCGACAGGUUGUUGUACUCGGUGCUACCCAUUUCCGUGGCGAACGAGCUCAGGCACUCGAGGCCAGUUCCGGCGAAGAAGUACGACUGCGUGACCCUGUUGUUCUCUGGAAUCGUGGGCUUCGGGGCCUACUGCGCCGCUCACACGGACUCCAGCGGUGCGAUGAAAAUCGUCAACAUGCUUAAUCAGCUGUACACCGCGUUCGACGUGCUCACUGAUCCGAAGAAAAAUCCGAACGUGUACAAGGUCGAAACUGUUGGUGACAAAUACAUGGCCGUGAGCGGAUUACCGGAACCAUGUCGUUGCCAUGCACGAUGCAUCGCUCGUCUCGCUUUGGAUAUGAUGGAUCUAGCCGCGGACGAAGUGCAGAUCGAUGGCGAGCCAGUGAAAAUCACCAUCGGGAUCCACAGCGGGGAGGUCGUCACCGGUGUAAUUGGGCAUCGUAUGCCCCGUUACUGCCUGUUUGGAAACACCGUGAAUCUGACCAGCCGAACCGAGACAACGGGGGAGCCCGGUAAAAUAAACGUCUCCGAGGACGCGUACAGGUACCUGUGCAUGCCAGAGAACCAGGAUUCUCAAUUUCUGCUUGAAUACAGAGGACCCGUGACCAUGAAAGGCAAAUCGGAACCGAUGAACGUUUGGUUCCUGUCCAGAGAAAGGGAGCUAUCCGCGUAAAUUCGCAAUCACUAUGGCAGCCGCCAUUUUAGCAAUAUUUUUCAGCUCGAACUCUUUAUUCGUUUAGCGCGUUCUAUAGAAAAACGAUUUUUACAAUGCUAAUAUUCCAUGUGAUCUUUGACUAUCGUAUGAAAUUGUUGAAAAUAUCUUUGUAAAAAUACGAGAUUUAAUCCUAGGACGACUUCGAUUAAGAGAAUUAUUCAUAAAUUCUUCUAUUUCUUUUUUUUUAAUUAUUAAAAUAUAAUUUGCUUCUUCUUUGAUUUCAGAGAUGUUGGUUAUGAAAAUUAUUUUUGAUUAUUAAAGAUAUGCGAUUUUUAAACUUUGUACAAUAUAUAUUUAGAUUGUAUUAAAUUAGGGUUAAACGUUAGAUAGAAAUGAAUAGUGAAAAAUUUAAUCGAAAAUAAUAAUUUCUACAAUCGUAAAGAGAAAAUUCUGUCAUAACAAUGUACAUUACUCGCAAAUUACAGUUGAAAAAUUAUAGCAACCAGCACGAUACACGAACAAACCGCACGAUAUAAAAGUAAUCGUACGUUUCAGCAGAAAUGUAUUGAGAAAUAUAAGGAUAAGAAGAAAGAGAAAUUUCAACAGUAACAAAUGGCCUCGAAGGAAUAAAAUUUAAACGAAGAACGUUUUCUACGAAUUCGUCGACUCGUUAGGCAACAUUCGAUCCUAAAACGUUACAACACACAAAUAUAUAUAUAUAUAUUUGCAUUUCUGUUCACGUAUUACCAACACGUUCAAUUCUUCAAUCAGAAGGAAAGGAAGAAAAAAAAAGAAAAAAAAGGAAGAAAAUUUAUCAUUAAUGAGAAGUCUUCCUAGGUUUAAUUCGUGCUAAAUACGGUUCCUCGUCAAAUAUAUAUCAACGUCCGCACGAUUCGCGAACACGAAUGUCCAGUUACCAACUUAACGACCAAUGUUUACCACUUGUAAAUGUAAGAGGCAAUUAAAUAUAAAUGUCAUCGAUACCGUAUAA